AUGUGUCAGCGGGCGGCGGGCGGCCGGCGGAGCGGGGCGCGCCCCACGGGACCCCGCGGAGCGCCCGUCACCGCGCUGCCCCGCCGCGCCCCACCGGAGGGAGGCCGAGCGGGCCUGGCCGCGGCCGUCGUGCUGCUGGGGGUGAUCGCCGCCGUGCUGCCGAGCGCCCGUGCCCAGCCGGGUACCAGGCAACAGCAUAUCAUUGUUGCUCCUUCUACAGGAUCUUUUCCUAAUUGGAGAGCUAUACUAUCACCAACACGGCCUUCCACAGAAGCUAAGGCUUCCUCGGUAGCUGAUAUUUCUAUGGGACAGACUUUGGAGAAUGCAAACUUGCUUCAGAUGAUAAAAACAACACUGACUGGCACACGUACCAGGACUGUGGAUCAAACUUAUCUAUUGCCCACCCUUUAUCAAGGCAGUGGAAACAGCGCAUCCCAGGAACCUGCUGAAGUUUCAGCUGAGUCACCUCUGAGGUCAUCACCUCAAGAUGCAGAUGAAGCAGCUGAUGUAUCAGGUUUGCCUCAACUUGUGUUAUCUGGAGUAUCUUCUGGUGCAAUACCUACAGUAGGAACUUCAGAAGCAAAACCACUAACGAGAAAAUCAUCUCCAGCUUCACCAGUGCCAACUUCUUCCUUCUUUUCGCUAGGCACUGAAAACACACCCUUGCCAUCUGUGAUGGCUUUAAGCACACCGAUGUUGACACUUACAAAAAAUAACACUGCCACAAAAUUGACAUUGCAUCUAAGCUCAGUAGGAACACAUACAGAUUUUCCUUUGGCAGCAAGGAACACAACUGCCUCACCUGUGGACCUGGCAGCUAUGAUCAUAACCCCUAGAAGCAGCACGGUCAUAGCUCCCACACUUGCACCCACAGCACAUGUACCAAGACAGAUAGAAACAACAGUAACUGACACCCAGAAGUUCCCGAGCUCAGAAAUCACCAAAACGCCAACCCCAUAUCCACUGACAAUUACAGCAGCUUUGACAUCUAUUACAGCAUCAGCGAAAACAACUAGACUUCCCCCUACUCCUGUGGGAAACACCUCUGCUCCUCCUGAAAGCACAGCCCUCGCGUUUGCUAACAUGACAGCAGCUCCCCCCCUCGAGUGCCGGCUCUCCUGGAAUGUUAUGGUGAAAACAGUUCUGUUUCUGAACACAAGGAGGAUGCUGAUCAGCAAUUCCUUCAAGGAGAGUGUGAGAAGAGGACUCAACCAAGUUCUGAGACAAGCUUUCAAUCAAAAUGUCAGUGCUCAGGUUGAAAUCCUGGAGCAAGCGAAUAACCUAACAGUUGGUUACUACGUUACCCAGGGGAGACUGGUUUUUAUGCCAGCAGCUGUAAUUGAAAGGCUUCUUGCAUACGGUGUUAGCAACGCCACAGCAGACAUGAAGCAGCAUGUGCCACAUCUGCAGUCUGUGGUGGCCCUGGCCUUGCCCUGGAAGCCCUUUCCAGCCUACCACUUCCAGCUGAAGACAGAGCUGCAGUUUGUGGGUCAAACAGACAAUAUACAGUCAUGCAAAUUUGUUCAGACCAUGGAGCAACGGUUACAGAGGGCAUUUCAGGAUGCUGAAAGAAAGGUCUUAAACACCAGCAACAACUUAACAGUUCAGAUUUUGAACACCUCCAAUGUUUCCCAAGCUGUCACUCUGUUUUACGUAGUGAACAAUCAAAGCACAACUCUAAAUGGCACUAUUUCUAGCGACCUUCUUAAUCAGCUGUCAGCUGAGCUGGUGGGUUUCUACCUAACUUACCCACCUCUCACCAUUGCAGAGUCUUUGGAGUAUCCAAACCUUGAUGUCUCAGAGUCAACUAGAGACUACUGGGUGAUAACAGUUAUUCAAGGGGUUGAUAUGGCACUGCUGGGACUGAACAAUCAGAGCUUUGCACGACUGAUGGAACAGCGUUUGGCUCCUCUGUUUAUGAUGUCCCAUCAGCAAGGAAGACGUUUCAGACGUGCCACUACUGUGGGCAGUUAUACCGUGCAGAUGGUAAAAAUCCAACGUAUUCCAGGGCCCAAGGAGCCAGCUGAGCUGACAUACUAUACUUUAUACAAUGGGAAACCUUUGCUGGGAACCGCAGCUGCCAAAAUUCUGAGUACCGUUGACUCCCAGCGCAUGGCCUUGACACUGGGUUAUGUUAUUCAAGUUCAAGCUGAUCCUGUGGUGAAGAAUCCCCCAAACAACCUGUGGAUCAUUGCAGCAGUGCUGGCUCCCAUUGCUGUGGUUACAGUUAUCAUCAUCAUCAUCACAGCAGUUCUGUGCAGAAAGAACAAGAACGACUUUAAACCAGACACCAUGAUGAACCUGCCUCAGAGAGCAAAACCUGUCCAAGGCUUUGACUAUGCCAAACAACACUUAGGUCAGCAAGGAGCUGAAGAUGAGGUUUUACCUGUAACUCAGGAGACUGUUGUACUCCCACUUCCAGUUAGAGAUGCUCCUGCCUCCCAAGAGAGAGAAAUUACUCAGGAUGGGAGUACUAUCAAAACUGCAAAAUCCAAUGAAACAAGGAAAAGCCAGUCCCCGAGUCAGAAUGGCUCCAUCAUCAGCAACGGGUCGGGGAAGCCUAGUUCUGAGCGGAGCUCCCUCCAGAAAGUAAUGGCACCUCAGAAAGUGGCAAAAGAGGAAGGAAGGAAAAGAAAUGGUUUUAGAUCUUCAAAGAAAAUUGUGCCCAUAAGUGAUGAAGAGGAAGGAGGCAUUCUCUUUGAUAACGUUGCGAAAUCUGGCAUUGACCCCUUUGACACCUCUUCGGGAUCAGUGCAGCUGAUAGCGAUCAAACCUGUGGCUCUACCUGCGGUUCAUGCUGCAUCAGAGAGGAGCCAGGAAUCUGCCAUCAUUAAUGGAGAGGUAAACAAGGCUUUGAAGCAGAAGUCCGAUAUAGAACAUUACCGCAACAAACUGCGCUUGAAAGCCAAGAGGAAGGGAUACUAUGAUUUCCCACAGGUUGAUAAUAACAAGGGGCUGACAGACAGAAAAAGAAUGUAUGAAAAAAACCAGAAAGAACUUGACCACAUUUUGGGUCCAGACGCAGAUGUCCCGUCGCCAUUUGCUGAGCCAAAGAACAGGCAACCACUGAAGAACUCUGUAUACAGAAGCAGGCAGUCUUUGAACAGCCCUAGCCCAGGAGAAACUGAGAUGGAUCUUCUUGUGACUCGAGAAAGACCUAGACGGGGAAUCCGUAACAGUGGAUAUGACACUGAGCCUGAAAUUAUAGAAGAAACUAAUGUCGACUGUGUCAAUGAGCCUCGGGGCUACGCCAGGUCCCGUCAGGCCAAAGGCCACUCAGAGACCUCGACUUUAAGUUCUCAGCCUUCCAUCGAUGAGGUUCGGCAGCAGAUGCACAUGCUCCUGGAAGAGGCUUUCAGCCUGGCCUCUGCGGGCCAUGGAGGACAGAGCAGGCAGGAGGCUUACAGCUCCGCACCACACUUGCCCUACUCCGAGGUUGUGACCAGUGCACCUGGUACCAUGACCCGGCCUAGAGCAGGGGUACAGUGGGUACCCACAUACAGACCAGAAGUGUAUCAGUACAGUUUACCAAGACCAGCUUACAGAUUUUCUCAGCUUCCUGAGAUGGUAAUGGGUUCUCCUCCACCACCUGUCCCUCCCAGAACAGGUCCUGUGGCUGUUGCAUCUCUCAGGAGGUCUACAUCAGAUAUUGGCAGCAAAGUGAGAAUACCUGAGUCCAGUGGGGCAGAUCAGGCCCAGCAUCAUGAUCAGGCAUCUUUUGCACCAGGUUCAAGAGCUCCAUUGUCUGUUGGUCCACUUGAUCAGUCAGCUUUUCACUCAGGAAAUACCGUACCAGCAGUGUUUGCCAUACCAGCAGGAAACCGACCUGGCUUCACAGGCUAUUUUAUCCCAACGCCACCCACCGCAUACAGGAACCAAGCCUGGAUGCCCUAUGCUGGAGAGAAUGAAUUACCAGGGCAGUGGGCAGACUCAGUUCCACUUCCUGGAUACAUUGAGGCUUAUCCGAGGCCCCGCUACCAACAUAACUCUCCUUCCCGACUGCCUCGGCAAUACAGCCAGCAAGCAAGCAUGCAUCCCAGCCUAGAGCAAGCUCCUUUGCCAUCCACUGCAGCUUCCCAGCAGAGUCUGACAGAAAAUGACCCAUCUGAUGCUCCUCUCACCAACAUUUCUACAGCUGCCCUUGUAAAGGCAAUAAGAGAAGAAGUUGCUAAACUGGCCAAGAAGCAAACAGAUAUGUUUGAGUUCCAGGUCUAAUAACUUUUGUGUGCAGUAUUUGUAUUAUGCAACCCGGAGUAGCCAAAAAAGCAACUCUUCAUUUUCAGUUACAAAUUUGCUGUGAAUUGUGCCAAGGUGAUGGCAUUUUUCUCUGUCUGAAAUGUCAAUACUAUGAAGUUACUUAAAGUACAGCAACAGGACUCUGAAGACAUAUAAUUCUGCUUGCCAGCUAAGGAAAUGCUGCCAGGUAUAACAGUUUAAUAUGGGUAAGAGUGAUCAUAUGCAGUUGUUUGUCACUUAGGUCUUGUAUUAUGACCCAUCAUCAUUAGAGAUGCUGCUGAACAUGUCUGUGCCACGCAGUGUUUCAUUUGCAGGCCCAAGGUAAAGCUGCUGAAAAUAACUCUUGCAUGUCAAAACUUUGAUUCAAGAAGAGAAUACAGUAGAACAUGGUUAGCUAAAAGCCAUGGUAGGUGCAGAAGGGGGCAUGUUAGCUGUCUGCUCCAGGACAUUGUAUAAGGGAUGCUGAUUUCAGCAAUGCAGUCAUUCAGCCUUUUAAUUCUAGAGACUGUAUUCAAACCAAAAGAAUUUGGGAUUAGCAAAUAAUACAAAUAAAUAUCCUGUAAAUAGCCCCUAUUCUCCUCAUCCUAUCAACAGUACAAAGAGGUGAAAGGAGAGAAGACUGUGAAGAAGGUGACUGAUAAUUUGAUAAUCGGUGGCUACCUUGUCCCUAGAUGCUACUGAUGAGUUAUGGAGGAGACUUUUCUCAUUGUGAAAGAAUACAAUGCACGAAGAGCCAACACAGGAUAUUGGUGCUAGAAGCUUCCAGAAGGGUUAUUCAUGUUUGCUCUAUAUUCCAGCUUUUCACUCCGAAUGCAUGUGAAGCUGGUAAACCUGAGACCUUUGCACAAGUCUUUUCAGCCUGGAAUAAUGAAAUACACCUGCCUGGACAAGAAAACCUCUGUUUAACACAGUGCUUUUUUCUCUUUUGUAAACAAUGUUAUCUACUAAAAUGAUGCCAGAAAGUGCUACCUGAAGCUGCAGUUGAGUUUUUUGAUUACACUGGAACAGUGAAUACACACCUAGAAAGUUCUGAAUGUAGAGGACCUAAUUAUUAUAUUAAUGUGUAAAUAAGUAAGUAGUUACAUGGAUUAACAAAAAUAGUAUUGUUCUGUGUAAAAGCGAGCAUCUCCAGAAAUUAUGCUGACUUUAUAUUGUACAAGAUAAAGGUCACUGAUUGUAAAACUGCAUCAUCGUAUGAAUACAAUCCCAAAGGAAAAUCAAACUAGUUGAAUGGGACAGUAGCUGAUCUUUUGCAGUUAUACAAACUUGUUGGAGAUCACAGUUUUUUUUCUUUUCCUUCAGCAAUUAGCUUUGGGUACUGGAGUUGUUGCAAUAUUUGUUGCAUUAGGCAUGUAUGAUGUCAGCUGGAGUUAAAGGUAAUGUCCUUCAUUUCAGUAAGUUAUUUAGUUCUCCUCAAUUACUUAUGCUGUGUUGUCUGAUCAUUUCAUUUCCCUGAGUUUCUUUGGUCUUUACUGAAGUGAGAAAGGGAACUUGGUUUAGCUUUUCGGCCAUCAGUAAAAUGAGAGGGGACUAGAAUAGGGGACAGAAGAUGAAGUUGUUGAAGCACAAACUUUUAAAGCAGAACUAUUUUUUCCCCCAAAUAAUUAUAUUAUAAACCCUAACUGAGAUUGUGAUACAUAGUUAUCCUAGCAUAUACAGAUAUCUUCUGCUUCAAUACCUUAAAUAUUGCAGAAGCUUUUGGAAUGCUAGCUAAUCUUUCAACAAAUGUAAAAUUUAAUUUUUAUUAUUUAAAAAUCAAAUAUAAAUAAAAUGUAUUUUUGUAAUUUCUAUGUAUAUAUGUGCUGUAUAUUUAUAUAAGUGACUAAUCUGUAAUAGUCAGAAAAUUUCCAUAAACCAAGUACAAAAAAAAAAAGAAAAAAAGAAAAAAACCCUAUUAAUAUUAAUGAUCAGUAUAAACCUGCUAUGUCUGGAGUACACAAAUAGACAUUUGUAUGACUUGGAUACAAAUCAACCAAAGAAACUCAAUCUCUCAUAUAAAUAUGGUCUAGUAGAGGCAGACUGCUGUCUAAAUUACCUGUCAGCUAAAUAAUACUGACCUUAUCAGUGUAAUACAAUAUAUCCAAUUGAAUUAAUAGAUUCCUAAGAGUGUCACACUUUAAAAAUACUGGGCUAAACUCAGUGUGCCAUAAAAAGAUUAACUCUGGCUGCAGUGGCAACUCAACUCACUGAGAACAAGGCUGAGUUUCUCUGUCAGGAUUCAUCUAUACAUACGAGUUUCGCUAGAAUCUCUUGAACAACAUUCUGCUUAUCCCUCAGUCAUUAAAAUCACUGUAACACAAGUGCAGUAAGCACUUACUCUGACUGCAUAAGUGAAGAGUGGCUCACUCUUAUUUAGCCUAAGCUGGUUCAUAACUUUAUUAACCUAACUUAGUGAAAUUUACGCUAAAUCAUGCCAGCCACAUUUUGCAUCUGCUUUAUUAUCUCAGUUUUUCAAUAAUUCUUCUAUUUAGCCCAGUGAAAUUUUGCAAGUAGAUAAGCCCUUCUAUGCAACAGGAAGGAAAUGGGCUUUGAAAUAAAUAUCUGUAUCUUGGACUCUAGUUUUACAGAGUUAUCCUAAAGCUGCAAGUAUGGAAGCAGCAGCAAUCACGUGGAUGAGAGUGCUGAAACCAUAUAGCUGGGAAGGGUGAUGUUACGACGUAUUUCCAAAAGAGUCACAGGAGGUAGGACAUACCUGAUUAUGCAGCAUCUCUGGGACACUUAGCUCUGUUUGUAAAUCUGUAGCCAUUACAAAAUUUAAGCAAUUUAGUGAUCCUAUCAAAAAAUAUGUGAGUAUAUCUUAAAUAAUUGAGCAUGUACCUUUCCAGACUGGAAAUUAAAAUUUGCAUAUUACAUAGAUGUACAGGCUUUGAAUGCCUGCAUACAAACAAAGUGAACAUAUACAAAAAUAAAAAAAAACAAGCAAACAUUUAAAUAGCCUUCUAGAAAGAAAACCAUUUCAGUAAAGUUAAACAAAGUACUCUUCAUACUACUGAGGAAGACCUGUUUGCCUUUCAGAAUUAAUUUUGUUUGGUAUUGUUAUUGAUGAUGUGCAGUCCACUGAAUAUUCCCUGAACCAUCACUAAAACCAUUGUGGUGCACUUUAUUCACAAAGACAUCUUACAUUCCUCAUGGCUUUUUAUCCUGUUUGGAAUAUGUUUCUGUAUUUUUAUUUUGGUUUUUUAGUGCAAAGUAAGAUUAUAUCAAGACAGUAAGGACAUUCCUGGGAAAGAAAAAUCAUGCUGUAAUAUUUAUACUGUUUGAGCACAAAGCAAUGAUAAAGUGAAAAUAUAGUGUAUAAAUAAUUUGUAAUAUAAUAAACAUUUUGUAUGUCUACAAUUACAA